AUGUCUUUUGAAGUUGUCAAGAGAUCAAGCACCAUGUCGCAGAACAAUAUGUUUAGGUUGAUGAUAGUUAGACUAAUGCAGAAGAUUGGAAAGGAACUGAUGAGAAAAUGUGAACUACAUAUUGACGUGGAGAGGGUUUUCUCUGGCUUCAUCAUCUCAACAAAACAGAAUAUUCAAGAGUCAAUCAAUUGCUGUCUGGAGUGGAAGGAAGGAUACAAAGAGGUAUCUGAGUGUUUAAUCAAGGAGCAAGCUAUUCAACCCCUGGAAGAUGAAACGGGAAUAUUUACACAGAUAGACGCAUUCAUGCAGAGAUGCAGAGAUCUACUGGAUAUAGCAGACUGUCAAGCACAGUUCGCCAGAUGGCUGGAUGGUGAGAAAGCUCCAGUACCAAAUGUAGGUGAUGGUGACUCUGCCUUGAGCAAGGGGUUGGAGAAUAUUGAAAAGAUUUAUGAUAAAUGUCUUCAGUCUCUAUACCAAGUAAGACACACUAUUCUAAACCCCUCAGAUUCCUCUUGGAAUAAUAAUUACCAGAAGUUUCGUCUUGGCGUGAAUGAGACUGAGAAUCUUGUUGAACAGGUUCUCAAUGAUGCCUUUGAGACCGUUACAAGUGUUAAAGAAGGUGUUGAAAUCUUGGAUGUAUUUUACCAGUAUACCCCUAGGCAGCGCAUACGACAGGUGUAUGAGGGAAAAAUAGAACGUGUCUAUAGAAAAUUUAAUACACAGCUUCAGCAAGUCAGAAGAAAACUAUCUAAUAAUAAACAAUUAGGGAUUCUUGAUCAGCCAAGGUUUUCAGGAAAGAAUAUUUGGCUAAACAAUCUCCAGACAAAGAUCAAUUCAACAAUUAACAUAUUACAAAGUGCCAGCUGGUUUUCUGUCUAUGGGAUCAUGAAUGUGAGUAAAGCGGAAUACAGAGGAGUUAUGGAGAUUAUAACACGUCAAAUUUCAGAGGUUAAUAAACAAUGGAAUAAAAGUUUGGAUAAAAACUCAUCCAAAAAGUUAGAAAGUUAUCUUUUAAAUGCAAACUUACACACUCAGGGCACUAUGGACAUAAAUUUUGAUCGAAACUUAAUCAAGCUUGUAAAGGAAGUUGAAAUCUGGACAACAUAUAACUUUAGCAUUCCUAGUCAUGUUAAAGGUAUUUACAACAAGAUUGGUCCAACCAUGUGUUUUCUAAAGACAAUAACAAAAGUAGUGAAGGAUUACAACCAGAUAAUGACAUCACUUUCAGCAGAUGAAAAGGGGUUGUUUAUGGAGAGAAUAAGAAGAGUUGAUCGCUUUAUAUGGAUGGGAAAGAACCAACACACUUGGGAUAAUCCUGAUCUAAAAGAAUGGUUGAUAGCUGUUAAUGAAAGCAUGAACAACACCUUUGAUGCUAUUGUAAAUUACAAAAACAUCAAUGGUUCUGUACAAACUCUUUGCAGAGAGAUAGAAGAACUGGAAAUGAUAGACAUCACAUCCAAAGGUAUAGUUAGUGGAGAGUCAUUUAAAUCUCAUCAGAUGGCUCAUAUCAACAAAAUACAGAAGGAAGUAUCUAUCAAAUAUGAACAGAUUAAAGCCUCUGUUUCAAAGCUAAAAGAAAGCUUUACUAAAACAGGGACAAAUGUUGAGGUUCAAUGGAAAAAAUAUGAGCAUAAGAUUGAUGAACGAGUUGCAACAGCCAUUAGAAACGGAAUACUUAGCUCUCUCUUAGGCCUGGCUGAGGCUAUAUCAAGUUCAGGGAAAACAGGACUAACACCAAUGAUGAAGAUAACAAUUAAGCUCAAGGACUCCCAAGUCCAUGUCAGUCCAAAAUUAUCCACAAUUCUGGAUAUCUUUAAGUCCACUCAAGCAACUUUGGUGAAUGUUGCAAGAAAUAUAGGUCAAAAUAAUGGUGCGUGGCAAAGGAUGAUCACUGAAGUAGUUGAAAACAAUCCAGAAUUUCAGGAGGUACAAGAAAACAUUUUUGAUGCCAUUAGAAGCACUACAGGUCAAAUAGAGGAGUACAUUAAAACUUGGGAUGUAUACAAAGACACAUGGGAGCUUGAUCCAGAAAAACUGAAGAAACUGUACAUGGAAACCAGCCCAGAAACUGGAGCAUUUGAUGCGGAUGUAGCAAAAUAUAAGUAUUUGGCAAAAAAUUGCAAGAAACAUGAGGCAGUAGUUUGGAUUGGAUUUGUCCUAGUCGAUUGUUUUCCAUUACAGGAGGGAGUAAUACAACAAUGUGAACAAUGGCAGAACAUUUUUAUUGAAAUGAUGUGUCAAAUGGUACACAAUGACCUUGAAGAAAUUUAUUCAUUUAUUCAGAGUUCCAAUGCAAGCUUAGAAUGCAUGCCUGAAAAUGUUUAUGACUUAAAAGUAUCAAUGGGAUACCACUCAGCAAUCCACCAACAAAUAUCUUGUGAAGAAAGAAAGUUUGAUCAUAUAAAGAAACUUACAGAUGUCAUUAAAAAGUAUAAAAGGGAGCUUGAUUCAGAAGAUGCUAGAAGACUUAAAGGAUUGAACGCAAUUUGGAGCAAUUUCAACACAUUUGUCAGCAAUUCUGGUUCAAAUCUCCAAGCUUUCAGAGAGAAAAGUAGAGAAGAACUAAUGUCUAGAUCUCAUGAUUUUGAAAGACAUGUGAAAACUAUUGUAGAAGAGUACACAUUAUCCGGUCCUUUCGGGGUUUCCUGGAAAAUAGUUGAAGCUUUUAAACAAUUAGAUUUUCUAAAUGAAAAAAUUGUUCUGCUUUCGGCAUCAGACAAGGAAAUAUCUGAUGGUCUGGCAAUUUUUAACUUCCAUAGACCUGUAAAUCAGGAUUUAGUGGAGCUUGAUGGGAAAUUAAAAAUGCUAAGUCUUCUCUGGCAAUUAGCUGAGGCAUGGGAAGAUGUGCACAUGCAGUGGCAGGUUUCUAAGAUUAUUGAUGUAGAUCUGGAGAGAAUGAAGGAAAGUAUUGAUGGGAUGAAUGACAGGAUCAAACAGUUCAAUGAAACUGAUAUUGAUAACAGAUGGGAAAUUUUUUUCCAAGUUAAAAAUCAAAUUCAGAGUUAUGAAAAAAUCAAGCAUCUUAUUACUGUCCUUGUGAAAGAUUCUCUCAGAAGCAGACAUUGGGAGGAUAUAUUUAUCAUAAUAAGAGAUAUUCAACCAAAUGCUGAUGAAAUAAAGAUUGAAAAAGAAAGCCUGAGAAUUCAAGACUUAACCAACCUAGGCUUUGACAAAUGCAUAAAUAGCAUAGAGGAUGUUUUGCAUUCAGCAAAAAGAGAAAUUGAGAUUGAAGAUGCUUUACAGGAAUUGUCAAACUUAGUCAGAGAAAGCAAGAUUAUAACUGAUGUUAAUAAACAAGAUUUUUGUAUAAUCAAAAAUAUUUCUGAAUUGUGUCAACUGUACAAAGAUGCACAUGAAAACUUGAGGGAACUUAAACUUUCUAGGUUUAUUGCACCAUUUUCUAUUCUAGUGGAGGAACUUGGUAAAGAUAUUUCUAUCAUUUUGAUGCUUCUUGAAAAGUUAGAGUGCUCAGAGAAAACAGUACUGGAAGUUAAAGAGAUAUUCUCUGUGUUCUGCAUGAAAAAACAGCUUCCAAGGCAAACCAGAAUUUUAUCCGACACCUUAGAGUUCUGGACAGAUGUUAUAUCACAAAUCCAUACUGAUCCUCGAAUAUAUAAAUUUACAGAGCAGAAGACUCUGACAGCAGGACUGGAUGAUAUGAUAACAUCUCUCCAUGACAUUAGAAAACAAUUAGGAUCUUUUCUUUUAUUCCGCAAGCAGCAGUAUCAUCGUCUUUUCAUUCUUACUGAUGAAGAACUUUUAAAGUUUUUAGCUAGCAAAUCAUGUGAAGAUAUUUCUCCAUAUAUUCAGAAACUCUAUCCAAAUGUCUCCAAGGUGGUUGGAGCAUCAAAAAGAGAUGGCAGUAUUCUAGUUCAGAAAAUCCUAACAAAUGACGGAGAAGUUAUCCAGUAUCAGUGCAAUGCUAGAGAAAAAGAAACCAUGGAGAAUAUAGCAUCAGGAAUUGGAGAACUUUUAGCCAACCAUGUAAAAACACAAAUUCUCUCUUGUCUUCAGGCAAUGAAGAAGAACUUCAAGUUAGAGCAAAUUCUGCGUGACUUCUCUUUUCAGAGCUAUGAAGUAGCAAGAAGGAUUUUUAUAACAACAGAAUUAACAAAACUGUUUGAAUCUACAUCAGGGAAAGAACAAAACUCUAAACUUGUUGAGAUUACCAAAAGGACGGAAGAAAACAUGGAGAAAAUAUCUAGAUUGAAACAGUCUGCAACUGCACAAAAGCAAAAACUGAAACUUUUGAAUAUUAACAAUGUAGAGUUUAGCAUCAAAAUUUGUAUUGUUCGAAUGCAGCGUUAUCAGUAUUUCAAUGACACUGAAAAUUGUCAAACAUUGCCAGAAUGGUUUGCUUUCUUCAAAUUUUACUAUGCUAAGGCCAGACAUGAGAUUGUAAUAAAUCAUGGCUACCAAACAUACACGUAUGGAUAUGAAAGUUUGAAAAUGGAGGACCCUCUUAUAAAUUUUCCAUCAUUCAAUGACAUUUUCCUUGAUUUCUCAUGCAUAGCAAAAGCCAGGAAAUGCUCUUUCAUCAAUGGCACCAUUGGGGAUGGUAAGUCUUCAGCUGUUCAAGCACUAUCUAAUAUACUUGGAAAGUAUUUGUUUAAGUGCCAAGUGGAUUCUAGCAUCAAGAAACCUCAUGUUGGACAAUUUAUAAAGAUACUAAAAAAGGGAAAUUAUAUGGUCCACAUACUGAUGUGGAACUUCUGUGAACAGCAAAUGUCAGCAUUGUCAAAUGAGGUUGUUUUACUGAAAUGCGAAGAACUGGAAAAUUUGAGUUUAUUCCUAACUCUGCAUAUGAAACAAUUCACAGAGGUAAACAUAACAGGAGAUAUUAGGAAAAGUUUUCGUGCAAUUUCUUACACUGAAGAGAACCUACCUAGACUGAUGGAUGCCAAGCUAGCUGUGGAAGGAUUUAACAACUUUGAGCUUCUACGUGCUCGAACAAUGAUACUAGUGAGAGGAUUCACUGGAAUCUACUAUGACACAGGAUCCAAGAUUUGUAAAAGUAUUAUUUUCCAAGUUUUAAAUAAUGCUGUAAGUCUAAUGAGAGAAGAUAAAAACAUGCUCCAGGAGGAAAGUAUACUUCAAUCCUUCUGGCAAUGUUUUGAAAAAACUUCAAGGUAUGAAUUGGCAUUCCCAAUGCAUAAAGCUGUAAAGGACCUGUUUCCAAGGCUAGAAAUAAAAAUGAUGGAAAAACAGAAAGAUGAUCAUGUUCUUUUAAAAAUAGUUGAAACUUUAAGGGAAUGUGAUUUCCCUGAAAAAGAAGAGCUCUUGUUAAAAAUGUACGAGGUUUGGAGAAAGCUAAAUUCUUCAAAUUGUGUAAUGGUUGUUGGUAAAUCAAACACCUUGAAAUCAUUUAUUAUAAAUGCAAUUACAAGAAUUCUGGAGUAUGCUGAAAAAGAUGUUCUGAAAUUGUCCCUGCAUCAAGAAGUAGUUGAGAAUCUUGUAGGUGGAACAGAAAACAGCUCUGAAGUUCUCUCUGCUGAGAUAGGAUUAAAUAGUAUUAAUUCAAGAGGAUCUAAACUUAUCUAUUUUGAUGGCAUUAUGUCGAAUUCUACUACUCUUCUGCUUAAUGAGCUGACAAAGAAAUCUUUUCCCAUUUGUUAUGACAGUGAUGCAAGAAUAAGCCUUGGAGAUAAUGUCAAGAUAGUAUUGGAAACUCAGUAUGUAUCAAAAGAAGACCUCGGUAGAAUACACAACGCUUCAAUUGUCAUGAUUGAAAAGAAUUGUUUGGAUAGUUUUGAAAUGUUAGAAACCAAAUUGAUGAAAGUGUGGAAAAAAGAUUCAUACUUUGACACUUUUGUCCAAAAAAGCAAAAUGUUGCUUGAAGAGUUUGUAGAGUUUUCUACCCUCAACUGUACUCCCCAGAUUGAUUGUGACUUGUACACUAUAGAAACUAAUUUCAUCAGUCUUUUUGAAGGUCUUGUGAAGAUAAUUUUUGAUGCCGAUACUAGGUGGAAGACAAAUGAAAAGUGUAUUAAGAAAAUGGCUUUGUUUUGUUCUUUAUGGGCUGUUUUUCCAACAAUAACAAGUGAAGAUCAGGUUAAGGUUGAUGAUCACAUCCGAUUAAAAGGUUCUGAUGUUCCUGUAUAUGGAACUGUAUUUGAUUUCUAUAUAGACAAAGAGAAUUUGGGUUGGGAGCACUGGAAAAAGAAUAUCAAGGAAUGGAAUUACUCAUCAGAUAUCCCACACUCAGCAAUAUACAUCCAAACUGUUCAGUACAUUAAAUGUGAAUACUUCUUAAACCUGUUGUUGCAACAAGGAAAAAAUGUACUUCUAACUGGGCCUAAAGGAUCUGGGAAGUCAUCUAUAGUAGGAGAGUUUUUAAAACACUUUGACAAAAGCACAUAUCAUAUUAUUCCUAUUCAAGUUUGUCAUAAUACCACUCCGAAAUUAAUCUUUGAAUCAAUCAUAAGGUUCACACAAAAAAAAUCCAAAAAUGAAGUUCAGCCAAUUGGAGGAAAAAAGAUUUUGUUGUAUCUUGAUGAUAGUAAACUAGAUGAUGAAACAGAACUGGGUGAUGCUUUGAAAUUUUUUUGGGAAAAUAAAAGCUGGUUAGUUAAUGGAGAAGUUCUGCAGAUAUCUGAUGUCAUCAUAUUGGCUACAGAAACUAUGGAUUAUUCAAGUAGACCUAGAUAUGUAACAAGCACUAGAAAAUCUUUCCAAUUUAUUAAUUUGGAUGAAAAAUCAGAAAAUGAUAUCAUUUCUACGUAUCAGACAAUUCUGAAGGGAAAAUUUAUGGACUUUGAGGUGAAUAUCAAGUUUUUGACAUUGAGCAUCAUCAAGGGUACCAUAGGAACAUACAAUGAUAUAAAAGAACUAUUUAAAGACAGAGCUGAUAUUUUUACAAAUUUUCAUCUUCAUGAUAUCAAAAAAGUCAUUUGUGGUGUUCUUCGUUCUGACAAAGAUUGUCAUGAUACAAAAUUUGAAGUUGUGCAACUUUGGGUAAAUGAAGUUCUGCGGACAUUCAGAGAUAGAAUGAGAACAGAGGAAUAUGAAUCUGAAAUUGUAGAUAUUGUUAGACUUCAAACAAAGAAAGUUUUUAAUCUUGACUUUGAUACAAUUUGUGAAAAUGAAGAAACAAAUGAGCCACCUAUGUUUGGAAAUAUUCUGGACACUUAUGGUUUCUACACAGAUCUUGACGAUGAUGAGCUUUUGGAUCAUCUUAGUAAGAAAGCUUCAGAAUAUGACCAAGAUAAUCCCAAGCUCAAUUUAAUUUUCAACGAUUAUAUUGUACAAAAUAUUGUCAAGAUAUUGCGUGUUAUUUCUGAACCUGAGGGACACAUCAUUCUUUCUGGAGAAUCAGGAAGAUGUAGACAGUCAAUGAUAAGACUUUCAGCUUAUAUUUACAAGAUGAAGAUUGUCAUUCUUGGAGAAAAAGAUGUUACUGAACAGUCAGUCUGGAGAAAGGCUUUGCGAACAAUCAUUAGAAUAGCAGGGAUAGAAGAUACUUCUACUCUGCUUUAUGUAGCUAUCGGAGAAAUUGAUUGUUCACUGUUCUUAAGAACAUUGUCAACAAUGCUGAGUUUUGGCAUUGAUUCAACUUUGUUUGGCAACCAGGAGAUCUCUGCCAUAGAAAAAAGAAAAAAAACCGAAGAUGAAAAAUCUAAUUUGAGGUUUAUGCAGAUGUGCAAAAAUGUUCUAAAAAAUCUUCAUGUUGUAUUCUCAUUAGAUCUUGGAAACCAUAAAAUAUCAUCCUACUUCAGUCAGUUUUACUUUCUUCUGUCAAAGGUUGUAAUAAACCACAUAAAUCCUCUCAAAAUAGGUGAUUUUCAGCAAAUGGGAUCCAUUGUGCUGGCCUCGGACUCUGAUCAAGAAAGUCUAAAUCUUCCAGAAUCUAUAUCCAACACUCUGUCUUUAAUCUACCUAAAAUCAGAGAGCAAGGUGAAAGAAUACUUAAAGAGAACAGUACUAAGCCCAGCAUCCUUUCAUUCCUUUUUAACUCAUUUUUUGGACCUUGGAAAAAUGAAAACUAAUGAUCGAAGGCUUCUUCAUCAAAAACAUAUUCAAGUAUUUGAAAAUGUUGUACUGCUAGAGAAGUAUGCUGAAGAUCUUUAUGCAAAGGUUAGUACUGCCAAGGAAGUCCUCAAUGAUGCUCAGAAAAUAUAUGAUGAACUGCAGGUACAAAAAAUGCAGUUAAAAAGGGACUAUGAUGAUGUACAAAAGAAGUUGUCUGAUGAGCAAAAACGUUUGCAUGAAGAAAAGACAAAUAUAUCACUAUUAGAAACCUCUUUAAAAGGUGAACUGGAGGAACUUUGGUCUCCAGUAGAACGCAGCAAAAUUCAAUUACAAGAGUUAACAUCUGCUGACAUAAUAGAUCUGUUUGAAAAAGAUUAUCCUGACAGCAAACUAGUUUUUGUACGAGCUAUUUCAAUUCUUUUUUCUGAAGAUCAAGAACUGACUGAAAAUGGAUUCAUAAAGUUGAUCUCAUUUAUGGUUAAUGUUACAAAUGAGUCAUUGACAGAUGCUAUGUUGAUUCCAUUUUUGGAGUUUGUGGCAAAGAACAAACCAAAACAGGAAAUCAUCCAUACCGUUGAUGAUGAUUUUAUAUUAGAAAGUAUCAAGCUGUGGUGUAUCUCUGUAGAAGCAUUUGGUAAGGGCAGAAAAUCCAGCAAUCAGAAAAGGCAGAAGUGUGAACAGCUAAAGAAGAAGUUUGACAUACGUCAGGAUAGCAUUACUGAGGUGAAGCAGCAAGCUUUAUCUUUAGACUUUGACAUGGAUGUCAUAGAAGAAAACAGCUCUGCACAAAUGAAUAUUAUUGAAGAGGGUAUAAAGACUAUUGAGGGCAUUGAGUCUAAAAUAGAAAAAUCAGAAAGAGUGAAAACAUUCCUAGAAUUGGAUUUGAAAUCUUUUCAAGUUCAACAUUCAAGAUUUGAUGAAGAUAUCUUAAAGAUUAUUGGGGACUCAAUACUUUCUACAGCAGCAGUUUCUUUUUAUCCUCCUCUAAAUACUUUCCAAAGGAGAGAAAUUUUCAUGGAUUGGAAGUCAAUUCUAAAUUCCAGCAAUAUAAGGUUCAGUGAAUCACUUGACUAUGUGACCUUCCUCCAUGGGAAAGAUGCUCAAAAUCAAUUUCUUAACAAAAAUCUUGCCUCUUCAAGGAUUUUGCUGGAAAAUUAUUUUAUUCUGAAAAGUAUGACUCGAAACAACAUAAUCAUUUGUGUUGACCCAGACGAUAUUGCGCUACCCAUUUUAUCAGCAUCAGAGGGGGACUCCAGUACAAUUGUUGCCCAUGUUGAUGACAAGCAUUUGAGAAAAAAUGUUGUUCACACUUUAGCACGAGGAGAAACUUUAAUUGUAAGAAAUGCUGAGGAUCGAUAUGAAAAAUUUGUUCUCCCGAUCAAAAGAAGAGUUUUUAAGAAGGAAAAUGAUACAGACUAUAUAAAAAUUUUUGGAAGUUUGUGUCAUUUUAAUGAAAAAUUUAAGCUGAGAAUCUUGAUUUCAGACUUUAAAUUUGUAACAACAGGGUCAAACAUUGUGGUUUUGAAUUUUUCAAAUUGUGAAGAGGAUUAUGAGAGUUUGUUUUUCUCAAUGAUUUCAUCGAAAAAAUCAAGCUCCAUUCUGAAUCAGAAAAACGAGAUGUUUUCUCUCCAAACUAGUGCAGAAGAAACUGUAGACCAAGCAAAGCAAAAGCUUCUGAGAACUCUCUCAAUGCCUCUGGACAAACUUUUAAAAGACAAAAAAACAAUAGAAAAUGUGAACAAACUUGAGGACACAAUUUCAUCAUUUACAGAAAAAUUGCUCUCAUAUGAAACUAAUUACAAAAUAGCUCUGGAAAAUCUCAUGGUUUUCAAACCUUUGGCAAGAUAUUGUGCAAAACUGUUCAUGGAUCUUCUGAGUCUAAAAUAUAUCAAUCAGAUUUACUGCAUACCGUUACAAUACUUCUGCAACCUUGUUGAUGUGAAGGAGGAAGAUGAUGAUGAUGAUGGUACUGAAAGUGAGUUGACUGCAAGUUAUGGCCUUCUUGAGCUGUCUCCAGAUGAGCAUUCUAUUUUACUAAACAUCCUUAAAAAACUGGAAGAAAUGAUGACAACAAAACAUUUUUCCGUUGCCCUUCUGAAAUUGGGAACAUCUGUAGCAUUAUUUAAAAAUCAUGUGACAAGCAAAGAGCUGUCUAUCUUCAAUGAUUAUUUCGCAAAGCUAUCAAAGAACAGUUUCAAUCUUGAAGAAAGUUUCACUGUGUUGCAACAAUUUCUCUCACAAGCGGAGAGCAAGGUUAUCCAUGCAGUAAUGGAAACCAGCCAAAGCAAAAAUUUACUCGUGGAACUGAAUCAAAUACAAGAACUAAGUUUACUGAAGCUGAUAUGUACUGUAAGUGUGUAUGUUCCAAACAAACUUCAGGAGUGCAUUGAGAAGACAGUUGCUCAAAUUUUGGAUGUUGAAAUAUCAGGUCGGGAUAGAUUACUUUUACACUCAAUUGCAAUGGACUCCAAGGGGGAGAACCCCAUCCUCCUGGUAUAUGAUGGGGAGGGAAGCAUGGAGAACACCUUAAAGGAGCUGGCCAGCUAUCAGGGGAUCUGCAGCAACAAAGUUUUUUACAUUGACUGGGAAUUGAACGAACAAGACUUUGCAAGAGUAAUGGAGGAUGCUAUGGAGGACGGGUCCUGGGUUCUGAUCUCUAAUGUUGGGGGAGAACUCUGGAAUUUCGUCAGCUUUAAGCUUUAUCAGAUUUGUCUGGGGGCUAAACUAAACCAAAACUUUAGAAUAUUUUUCAUUGUCAAAUCUCAAGCAGCAAAUACAAUCCCGAGGUUUGUUCUACAGAAUAGUGUUGUGGUCAAUCUGGAGGAACCAAAAAGUAUAGAUGAGCAGUUGCUGAGUCUUCAAGAUGCCUGUCCGGAAACAAUAGGAAAUCAUUAA